AACUUUUAGCUUAACAAUAUCUUAAAAGAAGUAAAUUCUUACUGUGUAAGCCUUCAAUAAAAUAAAAAAAAAAUAUACCUAUAUAAGUGUAAAAAAUUGAUGCAGUGAAAAAAAAAUAGGUGUAACACAAAUUAAUAAAAAACAAAGAAGGAUCUAAAGCCCCAACGUGAUCGAAAAACUGAAGGAAGAGCAACUUUACGAGGCAGUUACUAUCAGAGUCGAAAGCCCCAACGUGUACAACAAAUGAAGAAAUUUGCACCUUAUAAUAUACCACCAGCGUUAAAUUUUAAUAAAAAGGAAGGAGAAACUACAGAAUAAACAGAACCAGCAGCAGCAUCGAAUCAACAAAUAGAAGAACAAGAAGAAAAAAUAAAUGAAGCAAGUGAAGCAGAAUUGAAAUUAGAAUACCAGGUAAAGAUGGCUUCAAUAAAUAUUGAUCUUUUAAAAUUAUUAAAAAAAUUACCAAAUUUCAAUGGUAAACCAUGUAGUUUAAUAAUAUUUAUAAACAAAUCAGAAUUUAUUAUAAACGCAAGGAGUUUAUAUAACGAUGCAGUAAAAGAAUUUAUAGUUAGUGAAAUUAAGUCCAAAAUAACAGAUUUCGCUUUAGAUGUAGUUUCACGGAGUGGUGACCCAAACGAUUGGCAGGAAGUUAAAAAGAUAUUAGUUAGGAAUUCCGGUGAAAAAGAAUCGUUUUUAAAAUUAAAAGAGCAAGUCGAUAAAGUAUAUUCAAGAAAUAUUACACAACUUUAUAAUUCAUAUUCAGACAUUCUCUGCAGGCUUAAUAAUAAAUAUUAUCUUUUGGAAUUGGAUUGGAAUUGGAAUGGUAAGUUUUGGAGAAGAAACCUUAAAAAUUCCAAUCCACUAGUUCCAAAGUUGUAUGGGCUUCCGAAAAUACACAAGCCCGGGGAAAAAAUGAGACCUAUAGUUUCCAACAUUAAUUCACCAACACAAAAAUUAUCUAGAUGGGUCCAUAACGAAUUAACUAAAAUUGGCUGCAUAGAAGGAUUUAGAGUUAAUAAUAGAGAAGAGUUGAUAGAGCGUACUAAGAACUUACGUUUAAAUGAGGGUGAGAUUCUAGUCUCCUUUGAUGUCACUGCUCUGUUUCCCAGUGUUCCUAUACCAGAAACUAUUAUUAUCUUGAGGGAAUGGCUAACUGCUAAAAAUGUUCCCGCGUUUAAAGUUGACAUGUUGGUUGAAAUGACCGAGAUUUGUAUGAAUCAAAAUAUAUUUAUUUUCAAUGGUGAAUUCUUUAAACAAGAUGAAGGAACAGCUAUGGGAAAUAAUCUUUCUCCAUUCAUCGCUGAUCCUUUGCUUUGGCAUUUUGAAGAGAAGAUAAAAAAUUCAAGGGAUUUUCCUCGCGUUUGGCUACGAUAUGUGGACGAUAUUUUUGCUGAUUCUACACUUGAACAAUACCCAAGAACUUUGAAUAUUAUAAACUCGCAAUUCGGUUCGGUUAAAUUCACAGUUGAAGUGGAAAUCGAAAGAAAAUUACCUUUCCUUGAUCUUUGGCUUGAACGAUCUUCAAAUAAUUCGAUAAAAUUUAACAUCUAUCGAAAACCUACACAGACUAAAAGGUACAUAACAAGUGAUUCAUUUCAUUGCUUCUCACACAAAUAUGCUGCAAUGAAUGCAAUGAUACAUAGAAUGUUAAAUACUCCAUUGAAUGAAGAAGAUUAUAAUGUAGAGUUCAAUUACAUUAUGGAUUGUGCGAAAGUUAAUGGGUUAAAUGAAAAAAUUAUACAAAACACAACAAGAAAGAAAAUACAACAACAAUUUAAAGAACAAAAUACAACUCUAUUAAGUGAACAGCUGGCAUCUGAGCUUUCCGUUGAAAAAUGGGCAAAAAUGAUAUACUAUCCCACUAUCACUAACAAAACAUCUAGUGUUCUACGCAACAACAAAAUAAAAUUAGCUUACAAGUCUAGUCGAACAAUUAAAAAUAUGCUUGAAAGCACAAAACAAAAAACGGACCCACUUGAUAAAUCCUGUAUAUAUAAGCUAGAAUGCAGCGGAUGUAAUGCAGUUUAUAUAGGACAAACCUCUCGCUCUAUCAAAAAGAGGUUUAGAAACCAUCAACUAGAUAUCCAAAACAAAACUGAAAAAAACAGCUUUCGCUAAGCACGUACACCAAGAGAACAAUGCAAUGGGGAGAGGAAGAAGAAACCAAAAACCACACGGAGUGAUGACCGAUAACAUAAAAUUAUUGAAAGAAGUACAGGGCUUUAGGCAAUUAAAUGUUUGGGAGUCGAUCUACACAAAGAAACUACAUAACGUAGCGCUGAACGACAACUGUGCCUUUGCUGACUCAUCAUUAUUGAAAAUUUGCAAAUAAUCCAGCUGUUUUUUGUUUUCAUUAUUUAUGUAGCUUUCUUUUGCUUUGAAAUUAUGUAAUGUUAAAAGCUUUUUUAUAUAAUUUUGUUUGUUCUUUUUAAAGCUUGAAAUUGUAAAAGCUUUUGUUUAAAAUUAAAUCAAAGUCGAUUGUGAUACGAGGAUGGCUGUUUAGCCGAAACGCGACAUCAAUAAAAAAAAAAUUAAAAUUAAACAAGACUAUAAGACGUUUUAUUGACUAUGUAUCAAUUUAUUAACAGUCUUGUUGGCCGAACUUCUUUAAUUUAGUAAUAAAAAUUACAAAACUAAUAAUUUCAACCCAAAUUAUAAAAAUUAUAAAAAUGAACCCAAUCAAAAGAAUAAUGGUCAGAAAUAUUAUAGAAAUAAUAAUCAAAAUGGACAAAAUUAUAAGCAACCAAAUAGAAGUGGAAAUUUUUCCAAUCAAUAUCAAAUUGAAAUCCUUUUACAAAGGAAUAUUCCAGAACCAAUGGAAGAAGACUAUUUAAGUCAAAAUACUUCAAAUUUUCAAAUACAUGCCUCAGCAGACCAUUACCCUGCAGCAAAAAAUAGCAGCAACGUCUGUUUUAAAAGAAAACAUAUUCCCAAGUAAUUAUGAAACAAGCUUAAUCAAACCAGUAACCCUAAAAACAUUAUACAGGGUGUCCGGUAGAAAAUGGAUAAGCCUAAAUUGGCUGAUAGGUGCACUUUUGACUGUUCUGAAACCGAAUAGAAAAAGUUUCUAUCGCAACCAGUUUAGAAAAUAUUACCUUUUUUUCGUUCAGUGUACUUUAAAUUUCAUCAUCUUACGUUUUCUUUAACCACAACCACGAAUGAAUGAAUUUUAUAAAUUUCUUAUUUUUAUAAUUUUCUACAAUAAUUGGCUCACUACAUAAGAAGUUAAAAGUUUUUAAAACUGUUGCAUCUUUUCUUUAAAAAAAAAUUGAAAUUAGUUUUUUGAUGCAAAAUGUAAAAAAAAAUAUUUUAUGAAAAUUUUCAAACCCCUGUGGUAUAAAAAAGAUCCAUAGGAACGUAGGUGGCCAACUUUUUUAAAAAUAUGCGCGUCCAAAGGGAAUUGCAGAAUGGUAAAAGUUUUUAUCAAAUCUAGAGUUACUAGCAAGUUAUUGGUACCAAAGUGCAAAAAAGCCUAUUAAUUUAAUAAAUUAUUUCAACUGUAAAAUCUUAAGUUUUUCACAUUGCUGCCUCAAAUGCAUGGAUUCCAUCAGUUUUUUUAAUCAGUCAUAUCUUAUAAUAAUUCUUCUUAGACAUAACUAUUAAAAAAGCGUUAUAACCGUUGAACAAUGGCUAUGAAAAAAAUAAUUUAACUUUUUUUUAAUGCAAAGUAGAAAAAAAAAUAUUUGUUUGCUCAGUUUAAGCAUGGGCAUAUAAUUGUGCAUCGGGACAGCUUGUUGUGAGUUUUGACUUUUUAAUGAUCUCGUUUUAAAGAAAAAUUGAGAUUUUCGGUCCCGUUGGCCCAAUGCAACCUCAUCGAAAAUGUUGCAAUGUUUUCGAAUUUUCGUUCAAUUCCCAAAUUUAUUGGGCUACGAAAAACAUCCAAUAUUUGUUAGAUGCAAUUUAAUUUACAGUUAAUACUGUGAGCCACUUGUUAUUUUAUCUUUUAAACUGGUUAUUAGCGAAUUAGCAAACAAAUAUUUUUUUUUUUCUACUUUGCAUUAAAAAAAAAGUUAAAUUAUUUUUUUAUAGUCAUUGUUCAACGGUUAUAACACUUUUUUUAGUAGUUAUGUGUAAGAAGAAUUAUUGUAAAAUAUGACUGAUUAAAAAAACUGAUGGAAUCCAUGCAUUUGUGGCAGCAAUGUGAAAAACUUAAGAUUUUACAGUGAAAAUAAUUUAUUAAAUUAAUAGGCUUUUUUUGCACUUUGGUACCAAUAACUUGCUAGUAACUCCAGAUUUGAUAAAAACUUUUACCAUUCUGCAAUCCCCUUUGGAAGCGCAUAUUUUUAAAAAAGUUGGCCACCUACUAUCCUAUGGAUUUUUUUUAUACCACAGGUGUUUGAAAAUUUUCAUAAAAUAUUUGUUUUUACAUUUUGCAUCGAAAAACUAACUUCAAAAUUUUUUUAAAGAAAAGAUGCAACAGUUUUAAAAACUUUUAACUUCUUAUGUAGUGAGCCAAUUAUUGUAGAAAAUUAUAAAAAUAAGAAAUUUAUAAAAUUCAUUCAUUCGUGGUUGUGGUUAAAGAAAACGUAAGAUGAUGAAAUUUAAAGUACACUGAACGAAAAAAAAGUAAUAUUUUCUAAACUGGUUGCGAAAUAAACUUUUUCUAUUCGGUUUCAGAACAGUCAAAAGUGCACCUAUCAGCCAUUUUAGGCUUAUCCAUUUUCUACCGGACACCCUGUAUAAAUUAUAUAAUUUAAUAAAAACAAAAAUAAUUUUACCAUUACCAAGUGAAUUCAACAAAAGUGAAUCAACAAUGGAGUUUUUAAUUGCUCCAAUUACAAAUAGUUCAUUCGACGGAAUCUUAGGAAAUGAUAUCCUUAUUCCAUUACAAGCCGAAUUAUCAUAUUAUACACAUACAUUGAAAACAAAUAAUAUAGAAAUUCCAUUACUAUCAAAACCCAAGGAUGAUUAUCCUUUAGAAAAUUAUAUUCUAGGGUUAUCAAGUACUCAAAUAAACUUAUGUAAUUUUGGCUUUGAUUCAAAACAUUUAAUUGAUAAAUUGAUAGAACCUUAUAUGAAUAAAGAAGAAGAGAAAGCGUUGGUUCAAAUAAUUAAAAAUAAUAAACAAUAUUAUUUUAUAAAGAAGGAGAUAAAUUAACAAAUGUAAAAGAAGUAACUAAUAGAAUAGAAACAAAGAAUGAUAAACCAAUAUAUACACGAUUAUACAUAAAUAUACAUAGAUAUAGAUAUCCAGAAGUGUAUAAGAAUGAAGUAGAAAAGCAAAUAAUUGAAAUGCUAGAUCAAGGUAUAAUACAAAAAAGUAAUAGUCCAUAUAAUGCUCCUAUCUGGGUCGUACCCAAAAAGAUAGACAACUCAGGACUCACUAAAUGGCGUAUUGUCAUAGAUUAUAGAAAACUUAACGAAUUAACCGUGGAAGACAAGUUUCCUAUUCCGAAUAUUGAUGAUACGAGUAUAUUUAGUAAAUUGGGAAGAGCCCAAUAUUUUACCACAUUAGAUUUAGCGAAAGGUUUCCACCAGAUAUUGGUGAACCCCAAAGAUAGGUAUAAAACAGCGUUUUCAACAGCUAAAGGUCAUUACAACGAAUUAACAACGAAUGAUAAAUCACGUCUUAGAGGACUCAUAGGAAAAAUAUGUGUCGUCUAUUUAGAUGACAUCCUUAUUUUAAGCACAUCACUAGAUAGUCCGGUCAAUUUAGACAUCCGAGGUUACAUUAAUUCCCAGCAAGCUGAAAUUUGGUAGGAUUGUUGGAAACACCAUCAUAAAUUAAAUCUAAAAAGUCCUCAUCGAUCCGAGAACUGGAAAAAAAUUUACUUGGGGUCAAAGGUCACAAAAACUGGUUUUUUCACGAUUUUCAGCAAAAUGGUAAGUCAUAUCAAAAAAUUUUCAAUGCAAGAAUUGUAGACCAGAUUAUUAUAUAUAAAAAGUGUCAUGACACUUUUUUGCCUAAGACCCACCGUUUCUUAGGUAUAACGAUUCAAAAAGUUGAAGUUGAGUUGUAAUUGUCAUAAUCAGGCCUAUUCUGAAAAAAGAACUCCCAACUGAAAAGUUCUUGAAAUUUCAUUAUUUUUUUAAGCUUGAAUUUCUUUGUUCGAUGGUUAAGAAUAUGGGGA